AUGUCAGAUGAAGAUAAAGAGCGAGAGAGAAUGGUUUUAUUGUGUCAGUAGUCCUAUAGUUUGUGUUCCCAUAUCAUGGACUUGAAGCAACAGUUGACGAAAUUUUGAUAUUGUGGGUUUUCAGAGGGCGUCUAUUGGGAACAUUCUCUGUUGUGGAUCAACUACCUCAAGAGGACCAUGGAGGAGCCUGAUUUACGUCAACAAAAGCUGGACAAUCAGCGCUCCCUUCUGAUGAAGAAACAGCAGAGGAGGCGGGCUGAUGCCCAAAUGGUCACAGCCAAUCGAGACGCUCGGCCCAAGAAGAGCAAGCAGAAGUCUGGUGGGGCUGAUGACACGGCACUGUUGAUUAGCCAAUCCCAGAGCAACAACUCCUUGAAUGACUCACAGGUUGAACAUGCCCAUGACAACCCACUGGAAGAAAUCAGCCUAGGAGAACUUAGUAUCCAAACAAAUGGAGCCUCAGAGGAGAUGACACCAGAGAAGCCCAUCAUUACCAAGACCAUGGACCUAGAAAUGGACUCACAGCCCAAACCCAAAUAUGACCUAGAAAAUGGUGAACAAGUAGAGGAAAAGAAGACCAAGAAGAAAGGAGUUAAAAAAGGGGCAACUAAACAGUUGGAACAGACUGAGGAUGAAGAAGGACAAGGAGAGAAGGACAAGAGGGAAAAAGAGAAAGAGAAGAAAGAAAAGAAGACCAAGAAAAAGGACAAAGUGAAAGGACCAGCCUCUGACAGUAAAGACAAAGGAGCCAGAGCUGAUGACUCACACACAGAGCCAGAAUGUCCAGUCAUUCAGAUAGAUUCAGUCAUGGAGUUUCCCAAAUUAAACAUGCCGAUGGACAGAGAUGAUGAGGAGGGGAGGGACUGGUCGAAAAGCCCUAUUCCCUCGACACCCAGAAAGAAACAACUCAACACAUCAAGGUGCCAAAUAAGCGACAAUGAGAGCAGGGAUGAUGAAAUUCUCGAGAGAGAAAAAACACCAAGAAAGAUUAAAAAAGGGGAGAAAACCAAGACCAACCUGGCAUCCCUCAACACCAACUCCAGGCAACAGUCCUCCUCAGACAAUGACUCAAUUGGAAGAUCCUCUCCCCUCUCAGUGGAGGACCUGGAACAGUUUUCCCUGCGUCCUGCCCCCAGGGAUACAACCAUUCAGUGUAGGAUCACACGUGAUCGGAGGGGUGUGGAGAAGGGGAUGUAUCCCACCUACUACCUCCACAUGGAGAAGGAAGAUGGCAAGAGGGUUUUCUUAAUGGCAGGCAGGAAGAGAAAAAAGUGCAAAACUUCCAAUUACCUCAUCUCCAUCGAUCCCACAGAUCUGUCUAGAGAUACUAACAGUUACAUUGGCAAAUUAAGAUCCAAUGUUUUGGGCACGAAGUUCACCGUAUACGACGGUGGAGAGAACCCAGACAAGAAGCCCUUCAUCAAAGAGAGCGAAUCAGUCCGUCAAGAGCUGGCUGCCAUCUGCUACGAGAGGAAUGUUCUUGGAUUUAAGGGCCCAAGGAAAAUGAUUGUGAUCAUUCCUGGCAUGAUGGACAAUGAUGAAAGAGUGUGCAUUCGUCCAAAAAGCGAUAUAGAAUCUCUGCUGACCCGCUAUGAGAAUGGGAAUACUGAAAACCUGGUCAACCUGAUGAACAAGUCACCCAGCUGGAAUGAGCAGACCCAGUCCUAUGUGCUCAAUUUCCAUGGGCGCGUCACUCAGGCCUCAGUCAAAAACUUUCAGAUCGUCCACCCCGACAACGAGGACUACAUAGUGAUGCAGUUUGGCCGCGUGGCCGAGGAUGUGUUCUCUAUGGACUACAGCUUCCCCAUGUGUGCCCUCCAAGCCUUUGCCAUCACUCUGUCCUCCUUCGAUGGCAAACUGGCCUGCGAGUGAAAGUCUAGAACAGUGGCUCAACAGUUGUGGAUAACUCAACUAUUACUCAAAUAGUAUUUGUACUUAUUGUAAAUGUGGAUUCUAGCUCUGGCCAUGUUUUUUGUUGUUUUUGUUUUUAAGGUCUGAUUUUAUCAAACAUAUGUUCAAAGAGAUUUAUGAGGUACUGAACAAGUUUAAAA